GACGGUCGACUCGCAGCUGGAAGAACAAACACGCACACAACACCAUCGGUCCGUAAUUUUACUUCAGUGCCAGUUUUCUGCUCCGCUGAUUACCAUUUUCCUUCUGCCCUGCGGCAGGUUCUCUCCCCCCUGUGUGUGCGGGUCGUCGUUUGUCCUCGCGAUCGUCGUCGUCAUCGGGUCGGAACGGGUUCACCGUUGGUGGAUUUCUCUUGUAUUGCGUGACGUUUUCGAUUUUUACGGAUCCGGAGGUUGGUGACCGUCGCGAGUGUGCCCCACUGAAAGAGGGGGUUUGUCCGUGGUGAAGAAGUGGUGUGAGGCGUAAAAUCAUUCUACCCUUUAAGUGCUCCCCGAGAGUGUGAGUAAUAGUUUGCUCGGAAGAAACAAGAAAAAAAAAACAGUCACGCGGAUUCCGACUGUUCCAGGGCAGAAGAGCUGGGGCGGCCGCGGCAGGAUGAGGUCGCAGCUAAGCAACUUUAACGCCUCGCUGCUGGCGCCCGGCGGCAGCACGGCGUCACUGGGUUCCGGAACUCCCCAGCGGCCACCCCGCCGCAGGGCCCAAUCCGUGGGGAAUUCCGCCUAUGGCAGCUCGCUGGCGCUGGCCUCUUCCACCCCGCGGGGUUCGCUGUUCAAUGCGAAUGACGAAGAAUCGACGCUGGUCCGGAUCAAGGUGGCGGCCGCGCACUCGCUCACCAAGAAGGACAUCUUCGGCAACAGCGACCCGUACGUGAAGGUGGAUGUGAACACGAUCGUCGGCGACGUCAACAUCGACUCGAUGGUCACCAAGACGAAGAAAAAGACCCUCAACCCGGUGUGGAACGAAGAGUUCAUCUUCCGGGUCAAACCCAACGAGCACAAGCUGGUGUUCCAGGUGUUCGACGAGAACCGACUGACCCGGGACGGCUUCCUCGGAAUGGUCGAGCUAACGCUGAUCAACCUGCCCCGCGAACAGGCAGGCCGCACAAUCCCCAACAAAAGCUACCCGCUGCGACCGAAGAAGAUAUCCGGCAUGCUGCGGUCCAAGAUCCGGGGCACGCUGGAGAUCUACCACGCCGUCAUGCGCGACCAGGACGCGGCCGGCCAGAACGCGUGGUCCGCCUCGUCCGCUGAUCAACCCUCGAACGCCACCAUGCGCGCCGCCCAAGCCGCCUCACAGGGCGCGGCCACCGCCCCCAACGAUGGGCUGCCGCCGGGCUGGGAGGAGCGCCAGGACGCAAUCGGGCGCACGUACUACGUGAACCAUGUGGCGCGAACGACGCAGUGGGAGCGGCCGACGGCGUUGCCGGCCCAGCCGGGGGCGUUGAACGACACGGAACGCUCGAACGUGGCCUUCCAGCGAAGGUUCCACAUUAGCAACGAUCCCAGUGAUUCGAGUGAGAGAGGUGGAGGAGGAGGAGGAGGAGCGAACAGCAGUGCGGACACAAUAAGCAUCACCUCAGACAUCAACACAAGGUUGGACCAUUCGCCGAGCGGAUCCGUCACGUCGCUAAACACCUCCGGAACCAACGCCAACAACAGUAACAGAGGUGGCGUGUCCCCGUCCCCGUCGGCCACGUCGCUCCUCUCCAACGGCAGUCGUCCGACCCGUCCGGCCCCGCCGCUGCCCCCGUCGUCGGCUCCAUCAUCUCCCGCGACCACACCAACUCCUGCUCCGGAGGUUAACGAUAGUGGUGGUGGAACUGGCGAAGAAGCCGGAAGUCGAGAGACGACAACGGACAACAGUCAACCAACUCCCGCUUCCGCUCCAUCACCAAACAGUUCACCCAGCACACCCGCCGGAACUCCGGCCGUCGCCGCCGACGGUCUCCCGGCCGGUUGGUCCAUGCAGAGUGCCGCCAACGGGCGGAUGUUCUUCAUCGACCACAUCAACCGCAAAACGUCCUGGGUCGACCCGCGGACGGGCGUCGCCAGCCCGAUUCCGGGAAUGGGCGCGGCGGGUGCGCUCAACAACAAUCAGCUGGCCGCGGCCAGUCCCGUUUCGGCGACGGGAGCCGCUUCCGGCGGGGCGCGGUCACACGACGACGAGUUGGGCCCGCUGCCGGAGGGCUGGGAGGAGCGGGUACACAACGACGGCCGGACGUUCUUCAUCGAUCACAACACGCGGACGACCCAGUGGGACGACCCGCGGUUGUCCAAUCCGAAGAUCGCCGGCCAGGCGGUGCCGUACUCGCGCGACUACAAGCAAAAGUACGAAUAUCUCAAGAGUCAGCUGAAGAAGCCGGCCAACGUCCCGAACAAGAUCGACAUCAAGAUCCGGCGGACGUCGAUCCUGGAGGACUCGUACCGGAUCAUCAACUCGGUCACCAAGGUGGACCUGCUCAAGACGAAGCUGUGGGUGGAGUUUGAGGGCGAAGCGGGCCUGGAUUACGGUGGGCUGGCGCGCGAGUGGUUCUACCUGCUGUCCAAGGAGAUGUUCAACCCGUACUACGGCCUGUUUGAGUACUCGGCGAUGGACAACUACACGCUGCAGAUCAACCCGUUCAGCGGGCUGUGCAACGAGGAGCAUCUGAACUACUUCAAGUUCAUCGGCAGGAUAGCGGGCAUGGCCGUCUACCACGGCAAGCUGCUGGACGCGUUCUUCAUCCGGCCGUUCUACAAGAUGAUGCUCCAGAAGCAGAUCGACCUCCGGGACAUGGAGUCCGUCGACACGGAGUACUACAACUCGCUGCUCUACAUCAAGGAGAACGACCCGAGCGAACUGAUGUUGACGUUCAGCGUCGACGAGGAAAGCUUCGGAACGACCAGUCAACGCGAACUCAAACCGGACGGCGCAAACAUCGAGGUGACGAACGAAAACAAGGACGAGUACAUCCGGCUCGUGAUCGAGUGGCGGUUCGUCGCCCGGGUCAAAAGCCAAAUGCAGGCCUUCCUGGAAGGGUUCGGCUCGCUCGUUCCGCUCAAUCUGCUCAAGAUCUUCGACGAGAACGAGCUGGAACUGCUGAUGUGCGGCAUCCAGAGCAUCGACGUCAACGACUGGAAGCGCAACACGCUGUACAAGGGCGACUUUUACGCGAACCACGUGGUCGUGCAGUGGUUCUGGCGGGCGGUCCUUUCGUUCAACAACGAAAUGCGCGCCCGGCUGCUCCAGUUCGUAACCGGCACCAGCCGCGUCCCCAUGAACGGCUUCAAGGAGCUGUACGGCUCGAACGGGCCGCAAAUGUUCACCAUCGAAAAGUGGGGCACGCCGGCGAAUUAUCCGCGGGCGCACACCUGCUUCAACCGGUUGGACCUGCCACCGUACGAGAGCUACUCCCAGCUCAAGGACAAACUGGUCAAGGCGAUCGAGGGCAGUCAGGGCUUUGCGGGGGUGGACUAAGGGAGGGCGGAACGGUGGACCCGUAAUACAUUCCUAGCUUUAAGAGAGGAACCGGCCAUAAUUAUUUCGAGUCUCUUGGAGGAGGAGGAGGAGGAAACCAAUCGGGAACAGAAAAGAGAGUGCCUUUUUUCGCUGAAGGUGGAAAGAUUGCUUGUGAUUGUCUGUGAGUCAUUUUCGAGGAGAAGAUAAAUUUAAUAAGGUACCCCCCCAGUGCAGUGCAGUGCAGUCAGUGUGGUUAGGGAAGGUGUUUCUGUUCGGGAAGGCGUCAAAAGCUUUAGAGGAGAUUCGAGUCCAAAAUUUGUUUUUAAUUAUUUCUUUCUUUUUUGUUGUGAAAAUUGCGCACAAGACUAUAGGAAAAAAGAAAGCAAGCCGUUCUAUCCAUUAAGAAAGGGUUACAUGAAGAAUCACAAAGAUUAAAUGUGUAUUAUUAAAUUUUUAAUAAAAAGAAAUGCAAUAAUUUAA